AUGGAUCCCGCCUUUCUAUGCAAAGCUUUCUUCUGCUUCGGCACGGCUGUCGAUCUCGGCGGUACUUUGUUUCCUUCUUUCAGAGAACGCAUCAUGAAUUACGGAUCUCGAGGGACAGAUUCACAGCCAUCACAAGAAGUGAAUAGCACAUCAUGGAACUUCUUGGACUUUAUAGCAUCCAUUGAAGUGCCUCAUACAUGGUUCACCCAUUACUAUGUGGUCUCGGUAGCAUCGUCGAUAUUUUGGGCUAUUCAGAUGUACAGCCAUGGGCCUGUCUUCGAGCUCCUAGCUUCUUACUCUCAGCCAAAGGACUCUAUGACCACCAAUCAAGUACUUCUUGCUUGGUUGUUAAUGGCUUUCCAAGGAACAAGAAGACUUUACGAAUCUCUCACACUCACCAAACCUUCCCAAUCCAAGAUGUGGGCGGGUCUUUGGUUGAUUGGAAUUGCCUAUUAUGUUUUCAUCGGAAUUUCAGUUUUGAUUGAAGGUGCUGCUGCCAUGAGCCAACAUGGACGAGGAUCUUCCCUGGAAAUAGGAUCGCCAUCUCUCAAGACUUGCAUAGCUGUUCCGAUUUUCCUCAUCGCGUCCAGCGUCCAACACACAUGCCACAAACAUCUCGCCAGCCUCAAAAAAUACACUCUUCCUCAGCAGUAUUGGUUCCAGAAAGUUGUCUGCCCCCAUUACGCCAGCGAGUGUAUGAUUUAUGUCGCGAUUGCCAUCAUAGCUGCACCUCCUGGACAAUGGCUGAAUAAGACCGUUCUAGCAGGCCUUGGAUUCGUCGUUUCCAACCUUGGAGUAACAGCAGACUCGACCAGGAAGUGGUAUGUGAAGAAAUUCGGGGCGGAGAAGCUGGCUGGCAGAUGGCGGAUGGUUCCAUAUUUGUAUUGA